CUGGACAGGCUCUCAAGAGCAGCGAUCGAAACUCCGACUCCGACACGAGUGCCUACUCCUACCCGACCGGACACUAGCCAGACCGAAGCUUCGACCCCCGUUCCGACCCCAGCCUCGACGCCAGCCCCGACGCCUGCCCCAACACCGGACCCUGGUCCGUGGGAAGCGAAGUGGAUCGACCACGACCAAGUCAAGCCAUUUUCUCAACCGGAGCCUCUGACAAUCUCAGAGAAGGCAGCAGUCAAGUUCAAGCCUCAGAUUCACGUCACAAAUGGAUGCCACCCGUACCCUGCGGUGAACGAAGCCGGCGAGACCAGCAGUGGUCUCAAGACGAAGGGUGCUCCCAGCGCUGGGUGCAAGGGAUCUGGAUGGGGUUCUCAGGUGUACGGCCGAUCAACGUGGGUCGAUGGUGUCUGGGCCAUUAUGUACUCGUGGUAUUUCCCAAAGGACUCGCCAUCCUCGGGUCUGGGCCAUCGCCACGACUGGGAACACGUUAUCGUUUGGAUUGACAACCCCGGCAUUGAAAGCCCCAAAAUUUUGGCUGUCACACCAUCGGCUCAUGACGGCUAUUCCAAGCAGGUCCCUCCGAAAUCGGAUUGCGUUGACGGUACAAGCGUCAAGGUCAACUAUGAGAGUACCUGGCCAGUCAAUCAUGCGCUCGAAUCCACUUCCAAGGGCGGCGACUUUCAGGACCUUAUCAUGUGGGACCAGCUGUCGGAGAAUGCCCGUCGCGCGAUGAACGGGGUUGGCUGGGGCAAGGCGAACACGCCCUUCAACGAUGGUAACUUUAAAUCCAAGCUGAAGAAAGCGUGGCCUUUUGCGAAGUAG